CUGACUUCAGGAGAUAUUGCCAAGAGGAUAGCAGGACUCGAGCUUAGCAGGGAUGUCUUGGACGCUGUCCCUGAUUCUUGGCAAAGCAUCGCUGUCGAGAAAACUGAACUCGGUCUCGACACUUUAUCGGACUAUUUUCUAAAGCCUGCAACUUCUAGAAAAUUUAAAGGAAUAGCUAAAGAAAUUGUAAAAAAAGUUACUAAAUUUCUGCCCUCAUUCAUAAAAGCCCUGGGUACAGCUUCAGCCAUAUUUGGGUUCAUUUCUGUUUUCUUUUACCCAAGCGUGGAGGACAUACUGAAGGAAGAAUUCAAUACUGUCAAUCAGAAGCUCGAUGCCUUGUCAUUGAAAAUGGAUAACGUAAGAGAGGAACUAGAGUCUAGCAUGGAAUUCCAGACUUGGUUCACAUCUUACAAUGACUAUAAAAAUUCCAUCGAAAACGUAGACAUGAAACUGAAGAGUACACUCUCUCAGAUCACAGAUGCUAUAGAGAUCAAAGACAAACUCAAGGUGGCCAAAGAAUUUCUAGAUUACUACAGGACUCAAGACGUCGAAGGGGCACUGAACAACAUCUUUCGCCUGACUGCCACUAGAGGUACGCCCACAAAACCGAACCUUUUCAAAUUAUACAUCAGACAGUAUGACUGCAACGUAACAGGCCUGUCGCAUCUCAUGCUAGUCAUCAUGAGCUUAGUGUUCACUGGAACACAACUGAUGUAUGCAUACUCGUUCUUUAGGAACAAUAACCUGAAUCAACUAGAAGAACAGGUAGAAGCUGUAUAUGAACAAUUUUACAACGUUCGGCGGCAAUAUGAGGAUCAAGUCCUCCAUUGCUAUAAGACUGCCAUUGUGAGAGCUGAUAGGAAAGCUCGGGAUAUCCUGAUUGAUAAUCCUAAACUCACAGGUGCACCGUUAACAGCCAAAAUACAGCUGGAAAUAUCUGAGCUUGUCCCUUGGUAUAACUGGACUGUAGUACAGUACAGCGAAAUUGGAAGCAUCUCACUGAGUAAGAGGCAUUGUGCUGUGGAAUCUAGAGGCAAACAGAUCUUCACAGUCAAACGUGGAGAACGUAAAGUACUCGUUUUGUGGGAGGAUCGAGGAAAUCGAGAAUGCUAUGAUGCUGACAAGGCGAAUACUUUUGUUCCGUUUAAGUUAUGUGACGGAUGCAACAAUACGGUCUUUCAGGGUUCCGAGAAAACUCUGAAUGGAAAAAGUUGCCCCAACUAUCUUACAGAAACAGUCCAGGAAACAGAGAGGUCUUGCGGGUCUGACUCUUCCACUUCCGAAGUGAAUGGCCUAAUCAACAGUAACAAGUACUCCUUUGUUGCCGGAGGCUUCAGCAGUGACCAGCAUCCCUGUCGAACACACGGAGAUGAGAUGUGUGGCGGUCAUGGGUCCUGCCAAUCCAUUCCCUACAGUGACGACUAUAUGUGUUUCUGUUCCUCCCAUUUUUGGGGUGAAAGCUGUGAGACUUGGUACAACCCCUCUUAUUCUGUGAAUGUAACUGACAUAAUGGUAAGCAUGAGAGAAUCUUUUGGCAUCUCCAUUGGAGUGCCCGAUGUUGUUGAUGUGUAUCUCGAAAUCCAGAAGUUCCCUAGUCAGCUCCGAGAAAUGCAGACAAGCAUGGCGGCCUCAUUUGAAGUUAACAAUCACCUUACUCUCUAUGGGGAUCCUUUCACCAAAGCAGAACGAGUUGCAGACCUGUACCAUCAACUCCUGAGUGGAAAUACGACUGAGAACACCUUUGGCGAGAAACUUGAACGGCUUAAUCUUAAUUUCGAUUUCAUUUUCUGGAACCUGAAGAAAAUGAUUUAUGGUGACGGGAUCUUAACCUCAGAUGAUUUGAUGAAUUCAUUUAAGAAAUCACAGACGCCUGCAGCUUGCACAGAGAGUUAUGGUGUAAAGAUUUCUAGGUUCAUGAAAAAUAUUUUGACUUUGGACGAAGAAGUUACUGAAGCUCAGCUGAGAUUCCUAAACUGGAAGCGUAGUCGCCAAGACUCUUCAAAUAGCCUGGAAACCUUAGAGCAAAUGAACAGAGUUAAAGACACGGCAGUCAAUCGUCAGCAAGGCUACGUUCGUCACUGGGAGGUUACUUCUUGUCCACAGCUGCACGCCGAAGACUUGGUCGAAAACCACUGCAGCCAGUCCCUCUCAUACGAGGGCCUGAACCUCACGCUCCACUGCCGGAAUAACAAGAAGCCGACGGUUGCGUCCGUGAGAUGUCAGAAGGAGAGCGGCAAGCUCACUUGGAGCUCCAAGCCCAGCUGCGAGUACGUCUGGGGCCCUUGGAGCGCCUGGUCGACCUGCAGCGCAACCUGCGGUGAAGGCCAGAGGAGCAGGACGCGCCAGAAACCCAGUGGAGAGAUCGACACUCAAACCAAGCAGUGUGAAGAACAGGAAUGUUGCCAAAGAAGGGACGGCAAGUUCCGGUGCCGGAAUGAGCGGUGCAUCUCGGCUGAGUCCAAGUGCAACGGCCACGACGACUGCGGCGACGGCAGCGACGAGAGCAGCUGCCCCACGACCACGACCACGACCACGGCCCCGCACCCCGAAAUUACAGAAGAAUAUCUCAGACAGCUUUACGCUUAUGCCUAUUCUAUUCCUAAUUUUGUGUAGGUGCAUAAACCAAUGUGGAUAUUCACCCUAUAUGAAUUUAUGAAUGGAUAUGCCUAUGUCCUAUUGACAUUUUGAGAGAGAGAGAAAGUAAGAGCGAGCAAG